AUGUUGUCUAGAGCCGCCGUCCGCGCAUCCUCCUCCACCUCAACGGUCGCCCGCCGUGGCUUCCACUCUACCCGUGCUCAAAUGGGUUCUCCAUACCAUUACCCUGAGGGACCACGAAGCAACAUUCCAUUCAAUCCAAAAACCAAAUUCUUUGCUUUGAGAUACUGGGGAUUCAUGGCUCUUGGAUUCGGUGCUCCAUUCGGCAUUGCAGUCUGGCAAACAAAAAAGAACCAAUAG